AGAGACCAGCUGGGCUGGUCCGUGAACGCACCUCCCUCUUCCUGAGUGGACUUUCUACCAGCGUCGAGGAGAGAGUCUGUUGACCGAGGACCGAGGACUGAGUUUUGGACCGGGACCUUCGCUCCGCUACGCUACGCAUGCAGGUCACAGGCAGGACCACGACCCCGUUCAGACUUUGAACCCGUCACGAGUGGAAGUGAGCUCGGGUAUUUGUUCGAAGGGCUCGCACUUCUCCGAAGCAUCCCAGCGGGUCUCGUCUCGUCUUUUCCACGGCUAUCGAGCAACAGGUUGAGCCGACCAUGCCGAGUCCAAGCCAGUACCCGCGGCCCCGGCUCUGCACGCUGGAGAAAGGCGACAACGGGUACGGCUUCCACCUCCACGGCGAGAAGGGCAAGACGGGCCAGUUCAUUCGGCUGGUGGAGCCCGACAGCCCGGCCGAAGCCUCGGGGCUCCUGGCCGGGGACCGCCUGGUCUUCGUCAACGGGGAGGACGUGGAGAACGAGAGCCACCAGCAGGUCGUGAGCCGGAUACGAGCCGCCUCGGGCCGCCUGGAGCUCAUCGUGGUGGACCCGGACACGGAGCAGCUGCUCAAGAAACACGACAUCAAGUGUUUGAAGGAGUACGUCGACGAGGGGCUCCCGUUCCCUUUCCGGGACGAGGUGGGCGCGCGGGAAGAGGAGCGGCCGGACGAGGAGGACGCCGACCGGGAGGACGAGGAGGUCGGGGGGACGGAAAACGGGGAUGAGCGGCGCGGCGAGGAGAUCCGGGCGGAGGAGGAGCGCGGUGGGACGUCCGGGGAGAGCACGCCGGUACCGGACAGUAACGGGGAGCUUGACGGGGACGUCGGGAGGAAGCUGAGCAUCGGUUCGGACAAGGAGGCCAUCCCUGAGCGGCGACCACGUCUCUGCGUGAUCCAGCGCGAGGCCAACGGAUACGGCUUCAACCUGCACAGCGAGCGGGCGCGGCCUGGCCAGUACAUCAGAGCCGUGGAUGAGGACUCCCCCGCGGAGCGGGCAGGCCUGCAGCCCAAAGACAGGAUAGUCCAGGUGAACGGCGUGUCGGUGGAGGGCAAAACACACUCCGAGGUGGUGGCGACCAUCAAAGCCGGCGGGGACGAGACCCGUCUGCUGGUGGUGGACCCGGAAGCCGACGCCUUCUUCAAGAGGUGCCGAGUGGCCCCCACUGCUGACCACCUGACCGGUCCGCUACCUGAGCCUGACGUCAAUGGAGGAAUGGAGGAGAAGGUAAACGGAAGAGGGGCCGAGAGAGACUCCAAGCUGUCCGUCAGCCCUUCUCCAUCCAACACCUCAUCCAACGCCUCACUCACCACCCCGACCACAAGCACCCCUCCUGAGGGCGUCGUGCCGGAGGCCAUCCCAGCUCUGAACAUGAGCCUGCAGCAGGUCAAAGAGCUGGCCCACCAGAAACGCUCCAAUAAGAGAGCCCCGCCCAUGGACUGGACCAAGAAAAAUGAACUCUUCAGCAACCUAUAGGGCCUUCAGGUCAUGUGACACGAGACAGCAUUUUUACAACCACCAGAAAAGACACUUUUUAAGAGAAAUCCUGUGUUAUGAAAGUCGUAUUCUAUAUUCCACAUCGUUGUAAUGUGCUACUAACCAUCGAGGACAACUGGAUUGUGUUGAAUGCCUGUGUGUGUGUGCGUUUGUAUGUAUGUGUGUGUGUGUGUGUAUGUAUGUGUGUGUGUGUGUGUGUGUGUGUAUGUUUAUGUGUGUUCUUCAACACCCACUCACCUGACAAUCAGCUUCUCAUGUAUCAUUUAGUUUUAGAAGAUAAUCAGUAAGAGUGGAUCAAAAGUCUUAAAUUCAUUUCUGUACUCUCGUUAACAAUUUGUGUCGAAACUUAGAACUAAUUACGGCAAAUUGGUGAUAUAUUUGCCCCAAAAAAGUGAGUCUCUAAUAGGGUAAAUGUCAUUGCUGUCCUCCCGGGAUGGGUUUUUAACUGGUGAAAACAGGCACUGAUAGCUUUAAACACAAUCAUUUUAAGCGGGGCUUCACUUAUCAUGUAUGUAUAUAUCUUAUAUCAUGUAUAUUUUUACAUUUUUGAUCGAAUCGACCAGGAAGUGAUCAGCUCAAGCCUCUCAUCGUUUAGUCUGUGAACGACACGACUCAAAGUGAAAUAAUACUUUUGUGGGUGAAUUGCCAGACUAAGCGUUCCUUUCUCCAAAUGUCAUUCCCAGAUCAUGUCUGUCGAAAAGAAUGUUUGCGCUUCUCCGAUAUUGAGAUUAUUUUCCAAAUGAAUGGCUGUGUAAGCAGUGAGCAAAGAUUCUCUAUUGUAAUAAAGCAUUAUUCUGUCACCGUGUCGUCUCUUUACUCAAACUCAAAUCCACCGGGGGCCGCUGGAGGUGGAGUCUGGGUGGGGAGUCAAGUAUUCCGUCCCGGAGUCACAUUUCAACCAGCCUGACUCAGGGUGUCAUAAAAGACAUAAUGCGAUAAGCAUCACAGCAACAGGUAGAUAACACAAUCACAGGGCAACUACUCACUCAUACGAGUGGAGGAUAAAACAGUCAUCCCUCAUUUAUGGCGGUUAAUUGCUAACAUAGACCAUAAAAAGCUGCUUACGACCUACUAAAUGUGGUUUAUUAGAGCCCUCUAAACAUGAAAUAAUACCCCUAUAGUCGACUUUACACUCAUAUUACAUUACCCAAUGUAGUAGACAUUUGUUUCUUUUGCUUUUUCCUGAUUACGGAGUCGCCACAACGGAUCUUUUUGAUCCGCAUAGUGAUUUUUGGCUUGAAUCCUUUAUAUUCCGGAUGCCCUUCCUGACAAACAGAAAAUACGCCAUUUAGGACUUAAGACUUGUAUACAGGUGGAGUUUUUUUUUUGUUGUUGUUGUUGUGAAACCCCAUUUAAAAUGAAUUAUACAGUUAUACAAUUAUAAAUAACCGCUAUGUCGCGGUUCGAAUAUCACUCCCUCACUACAUGCUGUUUCACAAAUAA